UAUCAAGUCCGGGCUCCCUUCCCCGGCCUAGUUGCUGUGUAUUCCUAUAUCCUUCCGCUAAGGUGGACUUAUUGACGUGCGCGUCACACCGGCCUCCUCCCGACCUCCGUCCUCUCACUGACGGUCUUGACAAGUGUCACGUUGGACGGUUUCCCGUCUCCUGUCACCCCUGGCGCUUUUCUCUCCCCGUAUAGGGCCCGGUAAAGGGUGGGGUCACCGAAGGGGGCGCGGAAGGACAUCGGUGAUGCGAUUUUUCAAGAUGGCUGCUGCGGGAGACUGAGGGGGAGAAACGACUCUGAAAGCAGAAAACAACAAUAACAAGGCAGAUCUCAGGAAACAGUCACAGUCUGCCCAUUUGGGGGGGGACAUCAUCUCCAUUCAGGAUUUGGAUCUGGCUCAUCCUCCAUUACAGACGCGUAAGGAUAAUGCAGUGAUACACGCACGCCGUCGCCCUUCCUUGGAUUUACGUUCCCAUAGCCCACCCCGAAACAUGGAGUCUGAAGAUUUUAUCCCCCCUCCGGAGUGUCCCGUGUUUGAGCCCACCUGGGAAGAGUUUGCAGACCCCUUGGGUUAUAUCGCCCGCAUCAGGCCUAUAGCCGAGAAGUCUGGUAUAUGCAAGAUCCGCCCGCCCGUAGACUGGCAGCCGCCAUUUGCUGUUGAAGUUGAUAACUUUCGUUUCACCCCACGUAUUCAGAGACUAAACGAAUUAGAGGCCCAAACUAGAGUCAAGCUAAAUUACUUGGACCAAAUUGCCAAGUUCUGGGAGAUCCAGGGAUCAUCGCUGAAAAUUCCCAAUGUUGAGCGAAGAAUCCUUGACUUGUACAGCCUCAACAAGAUUGUACAGGAGGAGGGCGGCUACGAACCAAUUUGCAGAGAAAGGAGAUGGGCUCGUGUGGCACAACGCAUGGGGUAUCCCUCAGGGAAAAACCUUGGCUCCCUGCUGAGGUCCCAUUACGAACGAAUUAUAUACCCCUUCCAUAUGUACCAAUCAGGAGCGAAUUUGGUGGAUUGCGGUGAACGACCACGUUACGACAGCGAAGAGAAGGAUAAGGAAUACAAACCACACAGUAUACCGUUGCGGCAGUCUGUCCAACCUUCCAAAAUCACCAGCUAUGGGCGACGAGCCAAACGUCUAACUCAGGAGGAUCCUGACAGCUCAGAUCCUGCCUCUCAAAGUUCCUCUCGGCCCCCAGAACCAUCACCAACCUGGCCGGAGCCCACUGAAGAAGAUAUUGAAAAGAAUCCGGAGUUGAAAAAACUCCAGAUUUAUGGCGCUGGGCCCAAAAUGAUGGGACUUGGAUUAAUGGCAAAAGAUAAACAUCUUAGGAAAAAAGACAGUGAUAUUCCAGAAUGUCCACCAACACUGGUGGUGAAGGAGGAGGUUGUAGAUACAAAAGGUGAAUAUGGUGUAUACCAUUCACACAUAAAGCGGGAACGGUCCCUCAGCCCUGAACCCUGCACGAAGAUGACUAUGAGGCUUCGAAGAAAUAAUAGUAGUGCCCGAAUGGUGGAUGCCUAUGUCUGUCGGAUUUGCUCCCGUGGAGACGAUGAUGAAAAGUUACUACUUUGUGAUGGUUGUGAUGACAACUAUCAUACAUUCUGUUUGCUCCCUCCUCUACCAGAACCUCCAAAAGGCAUUUGGCACUGUCCUAAAUGUGUCAUAGCAGAAUGUAAAAGACCCCCUGAAGCUUUUGGGUUUGAACAGGCAACUCGAGAAUAUACAUUACAGAGCUUUGGUGAAAUGGCAGACACAUUCAAGGCAGAUUACUUCAACAUGCCGGUUCACAUGGUACCUACAGAACUGGUAGAGAAGGAGUUCUGGCGCCUGGUGAGGAGUAUAGAAGAGGAUGUGACCGUACAGUACGGGGCAGAUAUUCACUCCAAAGAAUUUGGCAGUGGUUUCCCAAUGCUUGAUGGCAAAACAGAGUUGACUCCCGAUGAAAAGGCAUACGCUACAAGUGGCUGGAACUUGAAUGUUAUGCCGGUGCUCGAGCAGUCUGUCCUGUGUCACAUUAACGCCGACAUCUCUGGGAUGAAGGUGCCCUGGCUGUAUGUGGGCAUGGUUUUCUCUGCCUUCUGUUGGCAUAUUGAGGAUCACUGGAGCUAUUCCAUCAACUACCUUCACUGGGGCGAACCUAAGACCUGGUAUGGGGUGCCAUCUUCUUCUGCUGAAGAACUCGAAGAGGUUAUGAAGAAGUUGACUCCAGAACUGUUUGAAAGUCAGCCCGAUCUCCUUCAUCAACUGGUCACACUGAUGAACCCCAACACCCUGAUGGCACACGGAGUGCCGGUUGUGCGGACAAACCAGUGUGCUGGAGAGUUUGUAAUUACAUUUCCAAGAGCUUACCAUAGUGGCUUCAACCAGGGGUACAACUUUGCUGAGGCGGUCAAUUUCUGCACUGCUGACUGGCUCACAGCUGGCCGAAAAUGUAUAGAGCAUUAUCGGAGGCUCCGGCGAUACUGCGUCUUCUCACACGAAGAGCUUAUGUGUAAGAUGGCUGCGUGUCCUGAAAGACUAGACCUUACUUUGGCUGCUGCAGUGCACAAGGAGAUGCUUAUUCUGGUGCAGGAAGAACGGAGACUACGUAAGUCGCUGAUGGAGCGCGGGAUAACCGAGGCAGAGCGGGAAGCUUUUGAGUUGCUCCCAGACGACGAAAGGCAGUGUCAGAAGUGCAAGACUACCUGCUUCCUUUCUGCAUUGGCGUGCUAUGACUGCCCUCAAGGCCUUGUGUGCUUGUAUCACAUAGACGACUUGUGUCAGUGCCCACCAGCUCGUCAGUAUCUCAGGUACCGCUAUACUCUCGAUGAGCUGCCAGCCAUGUUAUACAAGUUGAAGAUUCGGGCGGAGUCUUUUGACACCUGGGCAAACAAAGUGCGUCGGGCCUUGGAGCUGCAGAAUGGGGCUAAGAUAGAUCUUGAGCAGCUCCAAGCUCUUGCAAAAGAAGCAUCAGACAAGAGGUUUGCCGAAAAUGAUAUGCUCCAGCAACUAAAGGGCACCAUUAAGGAGGCUGAAUCUUGCAUUAGUGAGGCCCAGAAAGUAUUUGGCGAUCCCAAAUCUUUAGGGAGCAACUCUACAGUAACGUCUCUGGACAGUUUGCAUAAACUUAUAAAACGUAUCCAAGCUCUUCCAUGUACGCUGGAUCUGCUGUCAUCACUACAGAUACUUCUGGAGCGGGCUGAAGCUUUACAGAAAGAGGCAAAGAAUUGCUUGAACUCUCUCCCAGACAGCGCACCUCAGAUGCGGGAAAUGUUAGACCGUUGCAAUGCUCUUGGUGUUCAAUUACCUGAAGCUAUACAGCUGGCAAGGCACUUGCGUCAAGGGCAGUGGUUAUCGCGGGUACAGGCAGCCCUUGUAGCAGGACGUCCAGGAACACUCCAAGAGAUGCGUUCAUUGUUACAAGAGGCUGAUGAAGUGGCGGAGAGCCCUGCGGUGGAGAAGGCUUGUAGUGAACUGCAGGAACUAAUCUCCAUUGCUCUCCGCUGGGAAGAAAAGGCUCAGAUGUGUUUAGAAGCAAGGCAUAAGCAUCCUCCUGCUACCCUUGAGGCAAUCAUUAAGGAAGCCGAGCACAUUCCAGUACAACUUCCUAAUACACUAAGCCUUAAAGAGGCCCUCUGCAAGGCCCGAGCCUGGAGUGCAGAUGUGGAGGAAAUUCAGAGUGGCGAUCACUAUCCCUGUCUUGAUGACCUAGAGGGUCUUGUUGCUGUGGGUCGGGACCUCCCUGUGAAAAUGGAUGAACUGCAUCAACUGGAAGUGCAAGUGGCUGCAGCUCAUUCCUGGCGGGACAAAGCGACAAAGACCUUCCUGAAGAAGAACUCCUGCUAUACUCUUCUAGAGGUGCUGUGCCCGAGUUCAGAUGUCUCCUCAGGUACUGGCAAGAGGUCCCAGUGGAGGAGGGAGAAGGAACAUGGCUUGUAUCGAUCUGAUAUAGAAAGUCUGGGGUUAUCAGCACAAGAUCUGCGGGAUCCUGGAUGCAUUGUCCUGGCCUUUAAAGAAGGGGAACAGAAGGAGAAAGCUGGCAUUCUCAGACUACGGACUAUGAAUUCCUCUCUGGAGAGAGGCUGUGUUUGUGUGUGCGGAGAGCCUCCAGGGGAGCUUAUGCUGCGUUGUGAGCUUUGUCAGGACAUGUUUCAUGGGCUGUGUGUACCUGGACCCAGACUGUUUUCUCACCGCGGACCGCACACGUCUCCAUCUCUGGCUUGGUGGGAAUGGGACAGUCGGUUUUUGUGUCCACUCUGUGUGCGUUCACGGCGGCCUCGGCUUCAGACUAUACUUUCUUUGUUGGUUGCUCUUCAGAAAUUGUCAGUGCGCUUACCAGAAGGAGAAGCGCUGCAGUGUUUAACGGAAAGAGCAAUGAGCUGGCAGGAUCGAGCUCGCAGAGUACUGGCUACACCAGAAAUAUCUAAUGCUGCUACAACCCUGGCAGAGAAAAGACAGCGGGUACUAAAUUAUAAGGACCCACAGGCCCUGAGGGAGACGACACGCAAUGAGCAGAAUCCUGUUCCCCAUGAAAAUGGAGAUGCUCAUUCAGAGAAUGGCGCUUGUGCAAUGCCAGAUCUAGAUGCCAUGGCAGCCCUGCUCCCUCGCAUUGACAGGACGUCGGUUCUGGAUAUCUCUAUAGGGUCUCGUACUCUGCUGGAGGACCUUAUGUUGGAAGGGGACCUACUUGAAGUCACGUUAGAAGAAGAGGAAGUCAGUAUUUGGAGGCUAAUACAAGCAUCACAGACACCGCCAGUGGAGAGGCUACGGGCGCUGAUAGAGAUAGAACGGUGUGAACGAAGAACCAGUCGGCUGAAAGGAAAAGACCCCGAAAAGAAGAAAAAGAGGAGGAGCGAGAGGGCAGAGGGGGGUUUCCUGCCCCCAACACUCCAGAAAGAGGAGCUGGGACCAAAGAGAAGCCGCAGUGACCGAUCUCAGGACGUGACGGCCGACAAGGAGAGUCCGAGGAAAGUCUGUGCUGAAAGUAAUCAGAAUGGAGAGCAGCGCUUGUGACAUUCAGCCUGGUGACCCGACACUAUACGAACUGGGACAGUAACACUCCCCACCAGACACGUGGUGUUUUAUUUUACCUCUCUGGAUGGUUAGAGGCGGCUGUAGGGGGUGUCGAGAUCCGAAAAACCCCUCUACCUCUUACACGGCAUUCUCUGUUCUACACAUACACUCGUCUCCUGGAGGGGGGAGGGGGAGUACUUCUUUCUGGGGGACACCUAGUGGAAACUGGUGCUACUUCCUCAAGACAGAUUGCAAAACUCUGCAUAACAAAAAGACUCUAGGAUCCGGAGAACGUCUCUGUCUCUUCUUGCUGAUGUCAAGCAAAAUAACUCCAGAUUUGGAGACGAUGCAAAUUCUGGCGAGUUUUAGUUUCUCCAUAGAUCCUGCAGGGUGGGGUCCGGCCCUGGCAAAGACGCAUGUGCAGGUCCGCUUCCCCCCCCCCCCCCCCCGGGACUGACGUCACACACGUAACGUGACCGAUACCAGCGUCUGGUGCUGCGUUGUGGGGGGUGCGAGGGACCUCUGUCAGUAAGGAAGCUAUAACAGUGGUUGGGGGUCGGGGGCACACCUUUUUUAUUUAUUCCCUUCUCCUUUUGUGGUUUAUAGUUUCACUAACUGCCCUGCUUCCCCUCCUGUUUCCCCCAGUAGUUCAGGAUCCAGGGCGCUCUGCACUUCCCAAUCCCCUGUAAAACAAUUGUUCACUUUGUUGAGAACACCUUUUGUUUAAAAAAAAUGGAAAAAAAAGAAUUUCUAGAAAAUGUUAACAAAAAAAAUUGAAAAAAAAAUCCCUGAAGUCUCCAUUCUGGAGAGUUAUCUUUUCUGACAAUGUAGAAAUAAAGGUUAGAGGUUUUUUUGGACUCUGUCUCCCCGUCUGCUUUGCCAGGCGAACUCCACAUUGUGUUUUAUACCUCAGUAUUGCAGAUUUAUUUUACCUAUAUGUUGAGCGGGCCUCUGGGACUUACUAGUGAGGGUUUUAUUUUCUCCUUCUCAUACGGAAAGAUUUAACUUAUUGUUCUUUGGAAGUAUUGUUUUUGUUAGGUUCAGUCACUUAUAGUUUCCUUUUUUUUUUUUUGUUUU